GCGCAGUCGCAAAAGUUUGGUGUCCGCCGUAUCGAGUGUAAACAACCUGAUGAUAAUGGAGGAUAAAAGCAAAGAUCGCAUUCCGCUACGUAGGACGUGAAGCCAUCGACAUACACGCUCAACAUGACUGGCGAAGUACAGGAAUUAGAGAAAGAAUCUUUCUGGAGAGAGCAUCAAGACACACUCGUCAAGAUAAGAGAAGAGUUGGCUUCAGGAAAGAAGAGCCGAUCAAGAUAUUCACCUGCUGGAGGAGUCAGGAAAAAAACCCCGAUCAGUUCAUCAGCAUUAAAAAAUGGUCUAAAUCAUCCUCCAUUUGGGAAGUACAGGAGAACACCAUCACCUUAUCUACCCAAGUUAAGCCCCCAGCCAGAGCAGCAGCGAAGGUCUUCAUAUGAGAAUAGAGAGACGAGACCACUUGGAUAUGAAGUGAUUCCUCCAGUCAAGCCAAAAAUAGCAUUCUCCAAGUCCAAGGUCCCACCUCAAGACUAUGAUAGUUGGGGAGAGGAAAGUGACGAUGAUGAGGAUGAAGAUGAAGAGGAAGACUAUGGUCUACGACGAGGUGUCGGUAAUAAGUAUGACCACCAGCGUACGCACAAACAGAACAAAGAUGGCCGCGGUCGCCGCUUUAAGCCGCAGCCAUACCCAUCCCCCAUGCCAGCAUACAUGGCUCCGCAGAUAGUGUACGGGGCCCCAUUCCCUGUCUACUACCCACCUCCACCACAAGGGGCAAAGAAAAAGAAAAAACCUUUUGGGAGACAAGACAGAGCUGUGGGUUACAAAGACAAGUACAACAUGAGGCGAGCGUACGCGUCACAGUCUGGUAUCCCGGUGAAACAGAAGAAUAGGAAGUCCAAGGCGCAGGCACACCAGUCUAUGCCCAUGUUUGCCACGCCCAUGAUGCCGGCCAUGACGAUGAUGUUUCCACCACCACAAGAGGAGGAAGAGGACAGUGACGAGGAUGAAAUGAUACGAGAAGCCCAUGAACACUUCAAGUCGCACCCCCUGUUUGCCCAGGAUUACAUCGAUUGGUUCAUUCACGACUGUCUGGAUACUGAUCUGCUACCCGAUUUCUUAAUUGAAGUUUUGAAUGAGAUGCAGCGUAUGCCUUACAACCACCCGUUGUAUGUUCCUUCGCUGUACGCGUGUGAGGACUUGCUGGGCGACCAUUUGUCUGAGUUGAUCUCUGACAUAGCGCGGGAGUCACUGGCUGAGAGUGCUAGCGACUAUGUGGAUGAACAACGGCUCAAACGCGACCCGUUGGAAGAUUUCCUCACGGAUCUGAUCCAGGAGUGUGUGCGUCAGGUGUCCCGAGAGGUGGUGCGGGACACGGUGGUGCAGAUGGCUGAGGACUACCUGGAGACGGAGGUCGCCACAGGGGUCGUACAUCAAAUGGUGGACGACUAUCUCGAUGAGAUAGCGCCUGAUCUGUUGGAGGAGACGGUCUUUGACAUCAUGGCUGAGGAGUUCAUCGAGUCAGAGGUCAUAGCCUCAGAGGUCAAGGAGGAGGCACAGGUCAUUGCUCGGGAAACGAUACAACACUACGACACAAAGGUCAUGAGGAGAGAGUUCAAGGAGGUGUCGAUGCAAGCCAAGAACAAACUAGCAGAUGUGGUGAUAAUGGAGUAUAUCCUGAAUCUUAUGUCGCAGCAAGGCAAACUGUGGACAGAAGCUGAUCAUCAUAACAAGUACCUGGAUGAUCUGAUCCUGAGCAUCGACAUUGGCCAGAUGUUGAACGUUCAGAAGCAGAGAGACAAAACGACUGAGUGCAAACCUCUGCAUAAAUUACAUGAGAAAGUUGUGUCUGAUGUGGCCCUUGAUGCAUUUCUACAACAUCUGACCCGUUCUCUUGAUGAGGAUCUAGCAGAUGUGGACGAGUAUGAGAGAGGAGUGGAAGACGGUGUGCUCCGACCUAUUCCUCUGAUCGUCAGAUGACCCUAGUCUUGUGCUUGAUCACAAUAUCCAAGUCAUCCUGUGCCUGUCUUUCUGCGAUCAUUCACUAAUCAUCACCGUUGAUUGUCUGGAGAUGAACAUCGAGAUCGGUCUACCUCUGCAUAAUAUCAAUGAAUACCCUGCAGUGCCUUACAUAGUCCUCAUGCACAAAGUUGUAUUUUUGUUGUCAAUCACAUACAUCACCAUCUCAUUUUUUUGUUCUCCAUUACAUUCUCACUACAGUGAGAUUCUGAAAAGGAACGAAGGACUGAAAAGUGGGAGUCAGGUGUCUCCAGAGCACAUCAAUGCAGUUAUAAGCCUGAUCCUACAGUAGAUUGAGUUUGUGUAUUGUGAAGAUUGUGUGAAAUUCUGGCAAGGACUGUCAUAUGUUUGUCCAUAAUCAUCAAUGAGUACCGAAAUGCAUGUCUUGUUUGUUAAUUUUGAGGGAACGGGAAAAAUAGAACUAGCCCUAACUGCCAUAUCUUUCUUGAAUCGGCAAGGAGUGUUAUUUUAAAAAAUGUAAAGUGCGUAGAGCUUGCUGUUGUUGAGCGGGAAGUUGCACUAUACAAAUGCUGUCUAUAAUUGUUCAUGUUUACACCCCAUUAAGAUAACCAUUUAGGAGGUUGGCUGCUUCAACCUGAUCUGUCAGGACCGACACAGGCUCAGUGAGAUACACCGUCAGAACGGGCAGAUGGCGAUAUUCGAUAAAAUAACUACUACACACAGGAAUGGAGCUCGCGUUUUCUGCGUGUGUCUGUGGAGAGCGUUACCUUCACACCACGUGCACGGGUCGGCAGCAGUCCUGCCACAGUUCAAAGUUUUGCUUAGAAUGACUCCCAAUUUUUCAGCCGCUAAAAGAGCAGGUCUGUUUUAUGAAUAAUGCACCAUUUGUUUUUCCAUUGCAAUAGUUUUACAGACAAUCAUCAUUAAUAUUGAUUGAAUUGUUAUUUAAUAACGCAAAAAUCUUGGCUUCAAUAUUUCAGAGCUUACCGGAUACUGAAUUACAUGUACUUAAAAAAUGAGUUGGAAUAUGUAAAGGCUUAAAGUUUUACUGGAGUAAAAUGUCUGAACCAAGCUGUUACCAAGUCUUGAGAUACAACUACACUGUUCUCUGUCAUUGAUGCUGUCUGUAUUAGAUAUCAGUCUGCUUCUUCUUUUGGGUAGCAUCACACUUGAAGUCUUGAUAUCUAUCAUAUACUGAGCCGUACUGCUCAGUUCUUCUGUCGGCCCUUACAGCUUCUCUUGUAGAUUUCAAUGAGAGUGGCGGCAUUUCCUGUCUCAGGGCCCUAUGUGUCUUGCAGUGGAUAUCGGUGAGAGGUAAACUUUUUUCUUAUUAGAUGUGAGUGUUUUUAUGCCCCCAGCGACACAACUUAGAUCAAUUAGGAGGCAGUCUUCUGACCCUGCCUGUCAAUGCCAACCCAGACUAAGAGGGAUACAACAUCCCAGCAGAAAGACCUGACAUAUUCGAUAAAAUGUUUCUACCCACUCGGGAACCAAACUUGGGUCUCCUGUGUAAGACAGCGAAAUGCCUAACCUCUACACCACAGAUACCUGUCAGUGAGGGGAACCAAGGGCUCUCUAUUAUCUUCCAUUUCUAUUGAGCCUCAUAAAACACGUUUCGCUUUUACCAUAUCAUUUUCACCUGUUAUAUGUUACAGACCGCCAGCCCACCCCAUAAUUAGCACAAAAUUAUGUAACUGUGUGGUCACAUGUCAUGUAUAUUUGAAUGUAUACUUUGAAGUACCUUCAAACCUGUUCAAGACAACCAUCUAUUGUCAAAGAGAAAGUUGCCAUUUUACACAGGUGGUCUUUUUGAAAACGGUCGUUCCUAAAUAGAAAAAGAACGCAAGGGGGGAAGUGGCAAGUAGCCAUUUUGUAUAGGUGAAUGUCUUGGACAGGCAGUUGUUAGAGCAGGUUCGACUGUAUUCCUAUUGGCACGGAGAAAAUUUAGUUUUGCUAUUACUCUCUCACAACUCGUAGAUAGUUCCUCUAUAUAACUGGUUUGGCAUUUUUGAUGUCGUCACAACUUGAUGGAAAUGGGGACAAAAUUGACGUCUCAAUCACGUACUUGCAUAAGCGACAUUUUGCUAAUUAUUCAGGAGAGCAGUUUGAGAUUUUUGGUAACACUGCAAAAUGAUGGAUAUGCUAGUUUGAAAAACAUUAACAACUCUGUAACGGCUAAUGGUAUCGAUACCAGAAUUCUAGAGGCGAUAGAGUAUAGGUUAAGGACUUGCCUGAUGAUUCUAACUUGAUUUGGCCCAAAAUGUCGCCUACGCUCGUACGUAUCAUGGACGACGAAAUGUUCUCUUGAAUUAUUUUCCUGGAAAAUGUGGACUUUUUAAGGCGCAGACCCACAAUAUUUUCAGUAAAUUGUUAAAGAGCUUUGUCAUUUUGACAAUAAAUGCAUCUUGUAAAUAAA